UCAGUAGCAUGUAGCGUCGAUCAGCACUUACUAUUCUGGAUGAAGCGAGAUAUAACACGUAGUUGGCUGUCAGACUGACGUCGGUGCUCCGGUUAUCACUUUGCCCCGGGAAGAGAAAAUAAGGAGUUUUUUUCGGGCGAAUCGCGCGUCGGAAUGAAUUUCCAGGACUUUGACCACACAGCAGCUCGUAAAGUGGAGUAGAAACCCGCUGCAACGUUUUACCAAAUAGGACCGAAGACUUGCAAAAGUCUUGCACGGAUUCAUCUUUCAACCGUUUUGUUGAAACGAAUAGUAAACAUGAUCUGACGUUUUUUUAGUAAUAACGUGACUUUGUUGUCAGUUUGCUGCUGCCGUUUCCUAAUUUAUGGCGUUUGACUCCUAGGCGAUGUGAACGGUAUUUAUAAAUCAUUGAACUGCAUGUCUCCCAAUUGGUGAACACAAGAUAACUGUCCCACUGGACGAGGAUUUGUACCAUGGCAACUCGGAUUGGAAUAAUCUUUCUUUUUCAAGUCUAUGUAAACAAUUGUCCUCUGUACUGAUAAAGUGAUGGGUCCGCAGCACAGAAGACAUCGAUAACCUCUAUGUCAGCACGUGUUUUACCCUCCUGAUCUUUCUCAGUUGUCAUUCUAUUUUAUGUUUAAGCUUUUUUCGUUUCUACAAUGGAAACGGUCGUAUUGAAGUUGCAACGCUCAUCGUUAAUCUGAGCACCACCAUCAGAGCGACUCGUUUAUCUUCCCGAGACUCUGUUGUAAGGACAGUCAUGUGGGGCCCUGCGCCACCAUCCCUGCAGGUCGCCGUAAAAGUCCUGAAACACGCCGCUGUCAAAGGACAGAUCCAGCUGAACCGCUGGCUCCAGAGACCCUCCCCGGACGAGUGCGAUAAAAUUGACCUCUUGAUAUGCAACACCUUUGACGAGAGAGGAGGCGCCGUCGGCAAGUCUGAUGGAGACCCGGAGAGCAUCGUUGACACUGGCGUGUCAUUCACCGGUGGCGCCACCAACAGGGAGUUCAGACACCAGUGUUGUAUUACCACGUGUUGCUUCAAGAGCAGCCUCCUGGCAUGCAUUCUGACAGCUGUGUGCUUCUCCUCCGUGGCUCUAGUCCGACAGUACCUCAAGGACCUUCUUCUCUGGGUGGAGAGCUUGGACAGCCUGGUUGGAGCCUUGCUGUUCAUAGUUGGUCUGAUCAUUGUGUCCUUCCCAUUCGGCUGGGGGUACAUCGUACUGAACGUGGCUGCGGGAUACCUCUACGGCUUCGUGCUGGGUAUGGGACUGGUGAUGGUGGGGGUGCUCAUAGGUACCUUCGUGGCUCACCUGGUGUGUAAGAGACUGUUGACGGACUGGGUGGUCAACAAGGUGGGGAACUCUGAGCAGCUCAGUGCUGUAAUACGGGUGGUGGAGGGGGGAAGUGGACUCAAGGUGGUGGCCUUAGCGAGACUUACACCCAUUCCCUUUGGACUCCAGAAUGCAGUGUUCUCAAUCACAGACGUGUCGUUGCCAAACUACCUGGUGGCGUCGUCAGUCGGCCUGCUGCCCACACAGCUCCUAAACUCCUACCUGGGCACCACGCUGCGCACCAUGGAGGACGUCAUCGCAGAACAGAGCAUCAGCGGAUACCUGGUCUUCAGUCUACAGAUCAUCAUCAGUAUAGGUCUGAUGUUCUACGUGGUCCAUCGGGCCCAGGUGGAGCUGAAUGCGGCCAUCGCUGCCUGUCAGAUGGAGCUGAAGACAUCACACAUGAACGGCACUUCCACCAAUCACAGCGGCUUCACGUACUGCAGCAAGAGGGCGUCGGCCGGGGGUGGGAUCAUCAACGUGGUCUGAUUAAUGUGUCAAAACCCUGAUUGGACACGAGCAAAUGGGAUCAAAAUGAACACUGAUUGGCCAGUAGAGCAGAUCUGAUAUCUUCCACGACGAGGAGGACCUACCAAAUAGCGACGCUGAUUGUGUGAAUCUAUGGGGCUUGUAGCUGCAGCUGAGGGCUGCCAGGUGUUUAGUAUUCAGGUACAGUGGUGUUGUCAUCACAGACUUAGCUACAACCUGAACACUCUAUGCAGCACAGCUCACCAUUUAGAUCUCAAUGAGACCAAGGGCUUCUCUUCUACAGUGUGAGACCAGGGGCUAAGGGCUUCUCUUCUACAGCGUGCGACCAGGGGCUAAGGGCUUCUCUUCUACAGCGUGGGACCAGGGGCUAAGGGCUUCUCUUCUACAGCGUGGGAACCAGGGGCUAAGGGCUUCUCUUCUACAGCGUGGGACCAGGGGCUAAGGGCUUCUCUUCUACAGCGUGGGACCAGGGGCUAAGGGCUUCUCUUCUACAGCGUGGGAACCAGGGGCUAAGGGCUUCUCUUCUACAGCGUGGGACCAGGGGCUAAGGGCUUCUCUUCUACAGCGUGGGAACCAGGGGCUAAGGGCUUCUCUUCUACAGCGUGAGACCAGGGGCUAAGGGCUUCUCUUCUACAGCGUGGGAACCAGGGGCUAAGGGCUUCUCUUCUACAGUGUGAGACCAGGGGCUAAGGGCUUCUCUUCUACAGUGUGGGACCAGGGGCUAAGGGCUUCUCUUCUACAGCGUGGGAACCAGGGGCUAAGGGCUUCUCUUCUACAGCGUGGGAACCAGGGGCUAAGGGCUUCUCUUCUACAGCGUGGGACCAGGGGCUAAGGGCUUCUCUUCUACAGCGUGGGAACCAGGGGCUAAGGGCUUCUCUUCUACAGCGUGGGACCAGGGGCUAAGGGCUUCUCUUCUACAGCGUGGGACCAGGGGCUAAGGGCUUCUCUUCUACAGCGUGGGAACCAGGGGCUAAGGGCUUCUCUUCUACAGCAUGGGAACCAGGGGCUAAGGGCUUCUCUUCUACAGCGUGGGACCAGGGGCUAAGGGCUUCUCUUCUACAGCGUGGGAACCAGGGGCUAAGGGCUUCUCUUCUACAGCGUGGGAACCAGGGGCUAAGGGCUUCUCUUCUACAGCGUGGGUGCUAUGCUCUAUGUUGACCUCAUUUAUAAUGAUGUCAAAAGGAAGAAAUGGUUUAGCAUACACUACGGGGCCUUUUUUCUAUUGGUUCGUUUUCUUGUUUUUCUCUCACCAUAAGAAGCAGUACGCCAACGUGUUGAUCCUGCUCUGUUACUGGGGUAGAGGCUUACGGAACCAUGCGUCAUCAUUACGUAUGGUUUAAUGAUGACGUAUGGCUUAAUGAUGCGGUAUGGCUUAAUGAUGACGUAUGGCUUAAUGAUGAGGUAUGGCUUAAUGAUGAGGUAUGGCUUAAUGAUGACGUAUGGCUUAAUGAUGAUGUAUGGCUUAAUGAUGAUGUAUGGCUUAAUGACCAAAGCUGAGGGGGUCACCACAACAGAGGCACAACCUGGCUGGUCACAAAUGGCCCCCUAUUCAAUAUGCACUACUGUAGAGCCCUAUGGUUCCUGGUCAAAAGUAGUGCGCUAUAUAGGGAAUCCCUGUCUGCCUGUCAGAUGUACAAUAUGCUAAUAAUAUGUGUGUAAAGUAGGAGGAGUUUGUUGUGUUCUGUUUCCAUGUUCCAUCCAAACUUCCCAUGCAAAUGAUAGCUGUUUUAGUUACCAACAAUUUUUGGGGGGUUAAUUCAUUGUUUUUUGUAAAUUAUUUUUUGCAUUUUUUAUGUUGUUUUGUAAAAUAGUAAAGGGCAUUAUUUGGAUAGGUUUAUCAGUCUGUAGUUGAAUUCUGUUUAAUUGUGCCUUAUUGCUUAGAAUAGAGAGAGACAGAGGUCUCUGUUGGUGUUACCAAGCUAGGAGUACUGGAGUUCAUUAGGUACCAAACGGGGAGGGACUAAACUUGUGCAGAAGUUUGUGAGAAAUGUGAUGACGGGACUAUAUUGAUAUUAACGGGCAGAAUCACAACUUGUCCAAUAAGAAACAAUUGUUUUCACGGGAGCAGGUCCGCUUUGGCCGAAGGGAGCAGGUCGGCUUUGGCCUGGCUGGCCAAUUGGAGCAGGUCGGCUUUGGCCUGGCUGGCCGACGGGAGCAGGUCGGCUUUGGCCUGUUCUGUCUGUCAGUUGAUCAUUUUAGCGACCCUGCAGUUCUGACAGGAACAGAUGGAAAGGAGAGACAUUCUCAGCAGGAGAUGUUGUAAUGUUCUGCUAAGGAACCCUGAGUACAGCUUGGUCUGAUUUACUGUAGGCUAGCUAGCUACCAUUCUGAUUUACUGUAGACUGGCUAGCUACCAUUCUGAUUUACUGUAGACUGGCUAGCUACCAUUCUGAUUUACUGUAGGCUAGCUACCAUUCUGAUUUACUGUAGGCUAGCUAGCUACCAUUCUGAUUUACUGUAGACUGGCUAGCUACCAUUCUGAUUUACUGUAGGCUAGCUAGCUUCUGAUUUACUGUAGACUGGCUAGCUACCAUUCUGAUUUACUGUAGGCUAGCUAGCUUCUGAUUUACUGUAGACUGGCUAGCUACCAUUCUGAUUUACUGUAGACUGGCUAGCUACCAUUCUGAUUUACUGUAGGCUAGCUAGCUUCUGAUUUACUGUAGACUGGCUAGCUACCAUUCUGAUUUACUGUAGGCUAGCUAGCUUCUGAUUUACUGUAGACUGGCUAGCUACCAUUCUGAUUUACUGUAGACUGGCUAGCUACCAUUCUGAUUUACUGUAGACUUGCUAGCUACCAUUCUGAUUUACUGUAGACUGGCUAGCUACCAUUCUGAUUUACUGUAGGCUAGCUAGCUUCUGAUUUACUGUAGGCUAGCUAGCUUCUGAUUUACUGUAGGCUGGCUAGCUAGCUUCUGAUUUACUGUAGGCUGGCUAGCUAGCUUCUGAUUUACUGUAGGCUGGCUAGCUAGCUUCUGAUUUACUGUAGGCUGGCUAGCUACCAUUCUGAUUUACUGUAGGCUGGCUAGCUACCAUUCUGAUUUACUGUAGGCUUGCUAGCUUCUGAUUUACUGUAGGCUAGCUAGCUUCUGAUUUACUGUAGGCUAGCUAGCUACCAUUCUGAUGUACUGUAGGCUGGCUAGCUACCAUUCUGAUUUACUGUAGACUGGUUAGCUUCUGAUUUACUGUAGGCUAGCUAGCUUCUGAUUUACUGUAGACUGGUUAGCUUCUGAUUUACUGUAGGCUAGCUAGCUUCUGAUUUACUGUAGGCUGGCUAUCUACCAUUCUGAUUUACUGUAGACUGACUAGCUACCAUUCUGAUUUACUGUAGGCUAGCUAGCUUCUGAUUUACUGUAGACUAGCUAGCUUCUGAUUUACUGUAGGCUGGCUAGCUACCAUUCUGAUUUACUGUAGGCUAGCUAGCUUCUGAUUUACUGUAGGCUAGCUAGCUUAACCAUUCUGAUUUACUGUAGAAAACAAUGUUCUAUUGUGAGGAUAGCUGUAGAUUAGCCUGGCUACAGAGCUGUUCGACUGUACACUUCGCCCUAAUAAAAAAACGAUUUUCUACUGUGAGUAAAAAGGAUAGCUGUUUAAGUCUCUAGUCUGCUUCAGAAAAUCCUACAACUAUUUAUUAACGUUCUCCUUGCAUCCACCAAACCCUGAUUCGUCCGUCGGGCUGACAAAUGGUGAAGCACGAAACAUCACUCUUAAUUAAGAAAGCGUUUCCACUGCUCCAGAGUCCAAUGGGGGCUUGACACCACUUCAGCCGACGCUUGUCAUUGCGUAUGGUGAUCUUAGGCUUGUGUGCGGCUGCUCGGCCAUGGAAACCCAAGCUCUUGACGAACAGUUCUUGUGCUGAUGUUGCUUCCAGAGG